AUGGCGAAAACGUUAAGUUCUUCAACCUCAUCAGCUCUCUCACCAAACUGGGCAUGUCUUCCUGUUGAUCUGUUAGAGUUAAUCUUAGAAAAGUUAGUCUUUCUUUCUGAUUAUAUCCGAUUUAGUGCCGUAUGCAAAUUAUGGAAUUCUAUAGUUUUGAAUGAUCACAAAGAAAAUCGUAUAAGCCUAAGCAACCACCAACUUCCUUGGUUGCUAGUAAGUUCUCGAGACGAAGACGAAGACAAAGAUGAAGAUAGAGAAGAAAGGUUCAGUUUAUACAAUUUCGUCAAGGCAGAAAUCUGCAACUUCCGGUUAGGUAUCCUUCACAACUAUCUCAAUAGAAGGUAUUGUGGAUCUUCUCAUGGUUGGAUGAUUUUCUUGUCAAGUUCGGAUCAAUUAGUAAUUUUAAACCCACUUUCCGGCACCACCAUUCAUCCUCCUCCCUUCAACGAAAAUCAUAGGGUUGCGAAAGUUAUAUUGUCAAGGAAUCCCUCUCUGGGUUCUUUUGAGAUCAUUGCAACUUUUUAUGGUUUAACAGAAGUAGCCUAUUUGAAAUUUGGUGAUGAAUUUUGGAUCCACUCAGAGGGUAAUAAUUUAGCCUUUUUUAUUUAUAACUUUAUAUUCUAUAAAGAUCAUAUAUUUGGUGUCUCUCAUCGUGGUAGAAUUGUGUCUCUACUUGUAACCAAUGGUGAUCAUAAUGGUAUCCAAUCGUCAAAAGAGUCUUUUUCUCGACAAAUCAAGGUCAGAUUUGAAGAUAUUGAACCACACUUAGAAAAAAUGUGGGCAUCCAUUUCAUUUAUUGUGGAAACCACCCAAAAUGAUCUUCUACUGGUGCACAUUUUUGAAAAUUUUGGGCAUAGCAUAUAUAAGAUAUACAAACUCAUUGUACUCUCAAAUGAUCAAUUCAAACGUAUUCCAAUGGUGAAUUUGGAUGGUCAUUGUUUAUUUUUAGGAAAAAACCGUCCUAUAUCAGUUUUAGCAUCAAAUUGUCCUGGAUGCAGACCAAAUUCGAUUUACUAUUCAUAUGGCAUAUCAAGAAGACGUUCAGGAGGUGCAUAUGAUAUGUAUGGAGUUGAAGAAUUCAACUUAGAGGAUGAAAGUGUAAGGGAGCUUCAUCGAGGAAUUGGUUCAAAAUAUGGAGGAUCUUGGAUUGUUCCAACAAUGAAUGCUCAAUUUGAAGUUGAUAAAAGCCUGGUUUAG